AGUGAAGGAAGCCAGAAUCAAAACGGCUCUUCGUGAGGCAGGCGGGGGAGUCUGUGGAAGCGGGAAGACAGGCGACUGGCUAGGGCCUGGCUCGGGAGGGCGGCGGAGCAGCAACUGCAGAAGCAGCGGCAGAGAGGGGAUGGUGCCCGGAGGCUCCGAGAAGGAGGUGCAGUCCGUCCCUCAGGGUUAGUGAAUGAGGCUCUCCGCCCGGGCCGGCCCGGGGACUGUGCGCUGCGCGUCCCAGCAUGAGUGCGGGCCCCGGCUGUGAGCCCUACACCAAGCGACCUCGCUGGGGCGCCUCUGCAACUUCUCGGCCGGCAGCCUCGGACGCCCGGAGCUCCCCCCGCAGGUCAAGGCGCGUCCUCAAUCCCGAGAACGCUCCGGUGCAGUUCAGGGUCCCAUCCUCGUCAGGCUGCGUCCCGGGGCGGGCGGGACCGCACCGAGGCAGCACCACCUCGCUUGUUUUCAAACAAAAGACUAUUACCAGUUGGAUGGACACUAAAGGAAUCAAGACGGCUGAAUCAGAAAGUUUGCAUAGUAAAGAAAACAACAAUACAAGAGUAGAAUCCAUGAUGAGUUCUGUACAAAAGGAUAACUUUUAUCAACAUAACAUGGAAAAAUUAGAAAAUGUUUCUCAGCUAAGUAUUGAUACGUCACCAGUUGAAAAAAGUAUGUAUUUGAAUCAGCAUCAGACUGCAGCUAUGUGUAAGUGGCAAAAUGAAGGGAAACAUACAGAGGAGCUUUUGGAAAGUGAACCUCCAACAGUAACUCUGGUACCAGAACAGUUCAGCAAUGCUAACGUUGAUCAGUCGCCCCAAAAUGAUGAUCACAGUGACACAGACAGUGAGGAAAGUAGAGACAAUCAACAAUUUUUUAUACCUGUAAAGCUUGCAAAUGCAAAGCAGACUACAGAAGAUGAACAGGCCAGAGAAGCCAGAAGCCACCAGAAUUGUAGCAUGUCUUGUCAUCUUGUGGAAGACUGUGCAGGUUGUCAGCAGGAGGAGAUAGAUGUGGUACCAGAGAGUCCCUUGUCAGACAUUGGCUCUGAGGAUGUCAGUACUGGACUGAAAAAUGCCAACAAAUUGAAUAGACAAGAAAGUAGUCUAGGAAAUUCUCCAUUUGAGAAAGAAAGUGAGCCUGAGUCACCGAUGGAUGUAGAUAAUUCCAAAAAUAGUUGUCAGGACUCCGAAGCAGAUGAACAAAUAAGUUCAGGUUUUGAUGAACAAGAAGAUAGCAGUUCCUCCCAAACAGCAAAUAAACCUUUAAGGUUCCAAGCAAGAGAUACCAACCCUGAAUCAAGGAAAUUUUCCUCUGCUAAGGGAGGUGAAAUUCGAUUACAUUUCCAGUUUGAAGGAGGAGAGAGUCGUCCUGGAAUGAAUGAUUUAAACGUCAAAUUGCCUGGAAGUGCUUCCAGCCAGAAUGUAGAAUGCAGAAAUUCCAAGCAACAGGGAAAAAAGGAUUCUAAAAUCACAGAUCAUUUCAUAAGAAUACCGAAAGCAGAGGAAAAAAGAAAAGAACAAUGUGAAAUCAAACAUCAAAGAACAGACAGGAAGAUCCCUAAAUACAUUCCGCCUCACCUUUCUCCAGAUAAGAAAUGGCUUGGAACUCCUAUUGAGGAGAUGAGAAGAAUUCCUGGGUGUGGGAUCCAGCUUCCUCUCUUGAGACCGUCUGCCAAUCACACAGUAACUAUUCGGGUAGAUCUUUUGCGAGCAGGAGAAGUUCCUAAACCUUUUCCAACACAUUUUAAAGAUUUGUGGGACAACAAGCACGUUAAGAUGCCUUGUUCAGAACAAAACUUGUACCCUGUGGAAGAUGAGAACGGUGAGCGAACUGCAGGGAGCAGGUGGGAGCUCAUUCAAACUGCACUUCUCAACAAAUUCACACGACCCCAAAAUCUGAAGGAUGCUAUUCUGAAAUACAAUGUGGCAUAUUCUAAGAAAUGGGACUUUACAGCUUUGGUUGAUUUCUGGGAUAAGGUACUUGAAGAAGCAGAAGCUCAACAUUUAUAUCAGUCAAUUUUGCCUGAUAUGGUAAAAAUUGCUCUGUGUCUACCAAACAUUUGCACCCAGCCAAUACCGCUCCUGAAACAGAAGAUGAAUCAUUCCAUCACAAUGUCACAGGAACAGAUUGCCAGUCUCUUAGCUAAUGCUUUCUUCUGCACAUUUCCACGGCGUAAUGCUAAGAUGAGAUCGGAGUAUUCUAGUUACCCAGACAUUAACUUCAAUCGGUUGUUUGAAGGACGUUCAUCAAGGAAACCAGAGAAACUUAAAACACUCUUCUGCUACUUUAGGAGAGUCACAGAGAAAAAACCUACUGGAUUGGUGACAUUUACAAGACAGAGUCUUGAAGAUUUUCCAGAGUGGGAGAGAUGUGAAAACCCCCUGACUCGACUCCAUGUCACUUACGAAGGUACCAUAGAAGGAAGUGGCCAAGGCAUGCUCCAGGUGGAUUUUGCAAACCGUUUUGUUGGAGGUGGUGUAACCAGUGCAGGACUUGUGCAAGAAGAAAUUCGCUUUUUGAUCAACCCUGAGUUGAUUGUUUCACGGCUCUUUACUGAGGUGCUGGAUCACAAUGAAUGUCUUAUCAUCACAGGUACUGAACAGUACAGCGAAUACACAGGCUAUGCUGAAACGUAUCGUUGGGCCCGGAGCCAUGACGAUGGGAGUGAAAGGGACGCCUGGCAGCGGCGCUGCACAGAGAUUGUUGCUAUCGAUGCCCUUCACUUCAGACGCUACCUCGACCAGUUUGUGCCUGAGAAAAUCAGACGUGAGCUUAACAAGGCUUACUGUGGAUUUCUCCGUCCUGGAGUUUCUUCAGAGAAUCUUUCUGCAGUGGCCACGGGAAACUGGGGCUGCGGUGCCUUUGGGGGUGAUGCCAGAUUAAAAGCCUUAAUACAGAUCCUUGCAGCUGCUGUAGCUGAGCGAGAUGUGGUUUAUUUCACCUUUGGGGACUCAGAAUUGAUGAGAGACAUUUACAGCAUGCACACUUUCCUCAGGGAAAGGAAACUGACUGUUGGAGAAGUAUAUAAGCUGUUGCUACGAUAUUACAAUGAAGAAUGCAGAAACUGUUCCACGCCUGGGCCAGACAUCAAGCUUUACCCGUUCAUAUACCAUACCGUGGAGUCCUGUGCAGAGGCCACCAGCCAGCAGGACAGAGGACCGGGGCCUGAGGAGCGCAGGGAACAGGACUGCCUUCCUCCUCUUAGCAGAAAAUUCUGUUUGAAUUGUCGGGUGUAAUAUAUAAACUGACUUAAUAUAAAUGUGUAUAUAAUCCACACUUGUACGUAAGGAUGCAAUCCCUUCCACACACAUGCAUUUGUCAGUUUGUAUACCUAAGCCGCCUCCAUCCUGACUUAUGUAGGCUUAGAUGGAUUUUCUUUCCAUUUUUUUCUAUUUCAGUCUUCAUUCUUUGAUUGUUUUUUCUUUUGCCCCUCAGGUUUCUUGUAAAAUCCCAUGAACGUUUGUGCUCAGCCUGUUAGGUUUUUGAUGCCUGUAUAUUAUACCAAUUGUCUCUGCAGCUAGCAGAUGGCAAGGAUGCCAGGGAAGAAGUUGAAAUCCAAGAGUCCCUUUAACUGGUUUUGCUAAAGAUCUCCCCAUGAGCCUUUCACUCCCAACUCUUGUUAUGGUUGUGUUUGAGUUUUUCAAUUUUGAAAAUUAAGAGUUGGGGUUUUAGUCAUACAUGUUACAUAAUGCAGAUCUCCUAGAUUAAAACAGUUUUGUAUUUAAGACAGAAUAUUUUCCAAAAAUAGUUCCUUUAUCUGUUAUGGUUUGUCUGUCCUUUUUUCACCUGAUCAGUUUUUAUUGAUAAUGUUUUUGGAAACUGACCAAGAUGGAAGGAAAUAGAAUAAAAGAGACUUUUCCCCAAAUGGUGUUAAAAAAAGAGAUUCAAGAGAGUUGAAGGAUUUUGUUGUUUUGGGGGAUUUUUUUUCUUCUUAAAUUAGGAUGAUUGUUUAUUCCUUGGUGCUUUGAGGCAUAUUCAUAUAACCAAAGUUUAAGAACUGGGAACUUUGUGCUGAUUGUACAUAUUGAAAUUUCUCUGGUAUUUAAAGGUUAUAUAGUUAAUAAAUUUUCAUUAACAGUCUUUUGUCAGAAACUCCCUUAUCAUCUAUAUUUUAUAUAUAUAAAUAUAUGUUCUUUAAGUAUGUCUCUGUGCAAGCACAUAAAAUCUAAAUAAAAUUGGAGUUGUGGGAGAUGAUUAUGUUUAGGCUUUA